AUGGACCCCCCCGAUAUCGAGUCGACCCCACCUCCGGCGGUGAGCAGUCUGCGCUCCAGAUUCGAGCAGCUUGCAGCGGACACGGCGUCGCAGUUGACGACGAAGCGGCCGAUGAGUUCUUACGGGCUGCUCACUGCCGAGCCUGCGAGUCCUCGACCCCGGGCCAGCUCGGGGUUCAACGACCCCAGACCAGACAUCCAUAUCCUCCGUCCAGCUUCGUCUUCGUCGGAUUUGAAGACGGGUGUAAAGCGACCCCCGCCACCUCCGCCUGCUCGCUCAUCGAGGGCCUCGUCGCCCGCACCGCCUCCGCUGAGCCCUCUUCUCCGACCGGUCCCUGCGUCCGAUCCUCCAUCCUUGCUCCUAGGCUCUGAGAGUACUGCGCCCUCGAGUGUACGUCCUGUGUCUCCCAACAAAUCCGGUUCUCUUUCUAGGAAGCCCCCGCCACCUCCACCAUGUCAUGAAACCAAAGUUGAACAGACCGCAUCGCCACGCGCUGCCGAUGUCUCUACUCUAGUAAACAAGUAUGGAAAUUUGCCCUCGCCCAGCCCUCAAUAUGCCUCCAAGCCAAUCCAAUCACCCGGGCGCGCCUUGUCUCAUACGAUCACGACAUUCUCUGUCACGUCCCCAUUACCUUCAGCUACCUCAGGGCGACCUCGCAGGUCACUGCAUUCAUAUCCUGCCCAUCGCGGAUCCGGCAGUUCUUCAGCUUCGUCGAGCACGUCUUCCUUGAGUAGCACGUCUUCAGGUGCUCUUGCUCUACAAGAUCCGUUCAGCGACUCUUCCGCCUCCGACUCAGACGGCACAGUCGCAGCAGAUCCACCCCCGCUGCCAUCCCGGAGUAGUAGACCAUCGAAUGGCCACGGCCAUGCACGUGGAGACAGUUUGCAGUCCGAGCAGGAGGCCGCCCCUAGCGCAGACUAUAAUUCCAGUGAAAGUGACGUCAGCACCACUCAUCUCGCUUUACAUCCUCCGCAGCACGUUUCUUCCCCUCGACCCUUGUUUCCUCCGCCGCGGCCUCCUCCACGACAUAAAUUGUCGUCCGUCCCUGCUGUCGGCGCGUUGCCAGCACCCGCAUUGAGCACAUCAUCACUGUCCCCACCUCCCCUACCUGCCCGAAAAGGCCCUGCAACGCCCGUUGACGAUACGCCGAGACGUUUCCCGUUCAAGGGUAUGCCCGAAUCGGAGCAGCCGCCAGCCGGGGAGCGUAAGGUAUUUGGAGCGCAUCCACCACCCCCAACUCGCACGAUUGGUCCGGGCGACAGGCUCCCACCUGCGCGGCGGCAGACGCAUUCGGGGUCGUCGAGUGAGUCCGAAGAGGAGGACGUCAAGAAAGUCGAGUUACUGCCAGACACGACUCGCUCGUCGCGCCGACCACCCACGAUUGACUGCCAUAACUACUCGGAAUCCAGCAUUCACGUUGCCGCAUACUCCGCCGUUGUAGCCGUAUCUGGUCAUGUCGUAGCGGUCGGCCACCACCAUCACCUGAAGAUAUACGACUUGUCUGUGUCAGAGGCACCAGUUUGGAAUAUUGACACAAAGGAUGCAGGAGUGGAGAGGUUUAACGGGUUCAAGAUCACGGCGAUGGAGUUCCGACCAGCGGCGAAGGCAGUAGACAGGGGUUCGUUUCUCUGGCUCGGUACGAAGGAUGGUGGUUUAUUCGAGUUGGACAUACGGUCCGGAAGCAUUGUCGGCGUGAAGCCGUCCGCGCACGCACACACGGUAACCCAUAUGUUCCGCCAUGCGCAGUCGAUGGUCACUAUGGAUGAUACGGGCAAGGUGCUCGUAUUCUCGCCGGAAGACGGAACAGACGACGUGCACCUCACAUACACCCAGCCGCGAGUCGUGCGGAUCGCAGACAAACAAGAAUUUGCGAAGAUGCUUGGCGGGCAGCUAUGGACUUCGACACGGGAAUCGAACGGCACUGGUACUGCUACAAGUACGUCGCGGGGUCCAAUCGUCAGGGUGUAUGAUGUUUUCUCGCCCGGAAGUACGGGCAGAUCGCUGUUACCGACUGAACAUCUUGGCGCUGUCACGUCAGGUACCAUCCUUCCAUCUCAGCCAGACCGCAUCUAUCUUGGACACGAGGGCGGCAAUGUCAGCAUAUGGAUACGCACGACGAAGGACGGUAUGCCGAUGUGUGAGGAGGUCGUGAAAGUGUCUACAUCGGACGUGAUGAGCUUGGAGGGCGUGAAUGAUCGGAUGUGGGCUGGCAGUCGGAUUGGCAUGAUCUCCGCGUACGAUGUUGUCCCUAGACCUUGGAUUGUCACGAACAGCUGGCAAGCGCAUCCGAAACUACCAGUGCUUAGGUUGGCUGUGGAUACCUGGAGCAUAGAAAAGCUCGGUAGACUUACAGUGUUCAGCGUUGGAAGAGACGAGAAACUCCGCUUUUGGGAUGGCUUGUUGGGAACCGAGUGGGUCGAUCAAGAACUGAUGAAGAGAGAGGCCGAAUUCAGUUCGUUCAGGGACGUAAAUGUACUCAUAGUCUCGUGGAAUUGCGAUUCUGCCAAGCCGGACACCCUGACUGGAUGCCCCGAGAAUGUCGACUUCCUACAAGACGCGCUGUUGAGCGUUGAAAACCCACACAUCAUUGCGUUUGGAUUCCAAGAGCUCAUCGACCUGGAGAGUCGGAAGAUGGCGGCAAAGACAGUGCUUCUGGGGGGCAAGAACAAGAAUGCGGAUGGAACGAUCUCCGAAAAGGUGACGACUUCGUACAGAAAGUGGUAUGAUCGCCUCAAUCUUGCGGUGAAAAUGGCCAUGCCGCCUCACGACCCUUACACUGUGAUCCAUUCCGAGAACUUGGUGGGCUUGUUCAGUUGUAUUUUCGUUAAGAAUGCGGAGCGUGCUUUUCUCAAGCAACCGGCGAUUACAACCAUUAAACGUGGGAUGGGAGGCAGGUAUGGAAACAAGGGUGGUAUUGUCGCUCGUUUCGUCGUGGAUGAUACAUCCAUCUGCUUCAUCAAUUGUCAUCUUGCCGCGGGCCAGCAUCAUGUUCGUCAGCGAAAUGCUGACGUAGCAGCGAUUCUAGAGGGUGGAUCUGUUUUUCCCGAGUCAGAUACUAUUGAAGAGCCUCUUGCGUAUGUGAACGGCGGGGACGGUUCGAUGGUUCUUGACCACGAGAUGGUUUUCUUGAAUGGCGACAUGAACUACCGGAUCGACCAGCGCCGCGAGCCCGUCAUCGCCGCUAUAAAAGCCGACGAGCUCGAGAGCCUUCUAGUGCACGAUCAACUGCAUAAGGAGAUGAAAUUCAACCGAGGGUUCCGGCUGCGCUCGUUCACGGAGGGUCCUCUCAUGUUUCCACCAACGUACAAGUAUGACCGGCGAUCAUCCGAGUACGACACAUCGGAGAAGGCGCGUGUACCCGCCUGGUGCGAUCGUGUGCUUUGGCGCUCGCGGGAGGUGUCUCGGGUGCAGCAGCUACAUUAUAGGAGGUAUGAGGCGAAUGUUUCGGACCACCGCCCUAUCUCUGCUGCGUUCAGGGUGACUGUCAAGUCGGUGCAACAUGAAGCGCGGGCGAGGAUCAAGGCGGAGGUGGGGAGUGCAUGGAAGGUGCGCGAGCAGGCUCUGCUGAUAGCUGCACAACAGUUUUUCGUGGACCAGGCAUUAAUUUGA